AUGGAAGACAAUGAGCCUCCACCAAAAAAAAUUAAAUUAAUUGAGGCGGAGAAGGACAUCCUCGUCGAAGAAGAUGUCCACAUGGAGGAGGACGUCGUCCGCAUGAAAGAGGACGUCGUCCUAAGCGAGGAGGAGGAUGAGGACGAGGUUCCAAUCAUAAUUGAUGAUUGGGAUGAGGAGGAAGAAGAGGAGGAGGAAGUCGCGUACAUUAACGGCUUCCCCUUCUACGUUAAUAAGGUAAGCGGCGAUGAAUAUGCAGCGUUCAUGAUAGAGUUCCUCCAGCUGCAUGAUGAGGAGGAACUGAUCCGCGUCCUCGUGGAGGCUGAGGAGGAAGAGGCUGAGGAGCAGGAGGAAGAGGCUGAGGAAUAA